CUUUGUCCUACUUCACUAGGGGUCUCAGCAACAUGAAGUCAACAUCAAUCUUGAGCAGCAUGUGCAUCAUGCCCCUGCUGGCAUAUGCAUCUCCGGCCGGCCGGAUCCUCGCCCGAGAUACUUCCUCCCUCACCGUGGCGCAGCUCGAGGCUAUUGCUCCUACGUCCAAUACAUGCGAUAAUCCACCUGCAGCCGGGGAAUGCGCUACUGCGGAGCAAGCAGUCCCGCAUAUCACCAAGUCUUUUGACACUUAUGGCGUGACGUCUCGCGCCGAGCAAGCAGCCGUGAUUGCACUCAUGGCAUUUGAAAGCGGCGAUUUCAAGUACAACAAGAAUCACUUCCCCGGUGUUCCAGGACAGGGCACACGAAACAUGCAAUCUCCCUCCUACAACGCCGAAUACGCGGCUUCUAUCCCCGCGCUCGCGAACCAACUCCCCAGCGUAUCCGGAGACGUAACGGGAGUCCUGAACCUCUUGCUCUCAAACGAAGACUACGACUUUGGCUCCGGAGCAUGGUUCCUGACCACGCAGUGCUCGGCUAGUGUGCGGUCCCAGCUGCAGUCAGGCUCCGAGGCAGGCUGGGCAGCAUACAUCACCAACUGCGUCGGGACCAAUGCCAACGACGAUAGGAAGGCAUACUGGACGCGGGCAACACAAGCCAUGGGUGUAUCUACCUGA